UAGUCAGUCAGCCAGCGUCGGCAGUAGUGGUACGAACAAAUCCCCCAGCCGAGCUCAAGUACGUAAGGAUAACAAAAUACAGUCGAGUUCUUUCGCAGUUAUCUCAAGAUAAGAGUUUCAUAACAAAAAUGUGAGUCAUUUUUGUGAGCAGUGAAUUUAAAUUUAUUCCAAAUUAUGGUAAUUAUGUACCUGCAAAAAUAAGUCGUGUGAUUGUGCAAAGUUUUGUCAAAGAUUUAUAAAAUAACAAAUACAUAUGCCAAAAAUAUAAGGCAUGUGCAUACGAGUGCAGGAACAUACAUAAAUAGCACAUGUUAGUAUCAGGACUGAUGAUUGGCUUGUGCAUUGGUUACACCCAAAGUUGUUUGUUUUGACUAUUGAGUAUUGGAAUUGACCAGCACAUAUUUGAAAAUUUAAAUGAAAUGUCAACUUGUUGUGGAAAGUGACCUUGUCUUGUGUAAUAAUGUGAAUAUAACUUUGGAUUAUCGAAGAUGAGGAUGAGAUGACCAGGGGAUUAGCAACAUUAUGUGCAAGAUGUACAUACAUCAGGCAUUAUCAAAGGGGCCAGUCUGGAUGAUCAGAAGAUUUUGACUUGUAUCAUACACGCCACAUUUCCACCUUAUAUUCAUGAUCCACUCCGAAAUAAAGGGAUCAAUAAUUAAGUAAACUUUGAAAAAUGACACAUUGGGACAAGUGGAGCUGCUGGUUUCUCGCCACCCUCGUCGGCUCCGUAUGGAUAGGAACGUGUCUGGGCAACAAAUGUCCUCCGCCGGAAACUAUAAUGCCUUGUCGGUGUCGAGGGCGGAAUGAUCAGAUUCAAGUUUGGUGCAGCCACUCCGAUCUCGAACGGGUGAAUGGUGCCCUCGAGAAUUUGAUGCGACUUCGCAGCAUGCCCGCUAUUGACGAGUUGAUCGUGGAGAAUAACAAGAUGCCAACACUUCCGGCCAGGGCUUUUGGAGCUCUGCAGAUUGGACGCCUCCUCCUCCGCAACAACGGUUUAGAGUCCCUCUCGCGCAAUGCAUUCGCCGGGUUGGAGGAUUCCCUGGAAGAGAUUUAUAUGGUUGAGGACAAACUGAUUGACUUUCCCUUUGACGCCAUCGAAAAAUUGCUAAACUUGGAAGCGUUCACAGUUGAAAAGAGCAGGAUGCGGCUCCUCCCCAAAUUCAACGGGUUGUCGCGUCUGAAACAUAUUCGAAUCGAUGGUUCGGCCAUCUCCGCCUUGCCUGUGGGAGCCUUUGCCGCAAUGUCCACCAUAAAACAGAUUCACAUCACAAAUUCAAAGGUGGAUCGUUUAGCAGAAGGGAUUUUUGGUCGGUUGGACUCACUCCUCUUGGCAAAUUUUAGUGGAAACAGGAUAGACCACGUUCAGCGGAGGUGUUUUUCCCUCUUGCCCAGGUUGGAGGUGCUGUCGAUAGGGAACAAUAGGCUUAGCGACGCCUCCAACGUGGGUCGUUCAAUGGAGGAGUUGACCUCUCUCAAGUCCCUGGACCUCUCACAAAACCAGUUUAAGGAAGUGCCUGAGGGCUCCUUUGUCAAUCUGAGGUCACUUCAAUUACUUAAUUUAGGAGGGAACCAGAUCUCACGCGUGUCGACACGUUCCUUUACCCAUCUCCCCGCUCUCAGAAAAGUGGACUUGAGCAACAAUUUGCUGCGAAACUUUCCCAAGCAACUCUUCGAUACGACCCCACUUUUGGAGGAAUUCAGAAUUCGUAAGAAUCAACUGGGCUCUGCAGCCGAGAUUGGUGAGCUGCUCUCCUCUCUAAAAUCCCUCCGCUACGUUGACCUCGGUGACAAUGGGAUCACUGAGCUGCCCUCACGCGCCAUCCGGGAUCACACCCAACUGCAGACCUUGGACCUCAGUGACAACAGAAUUACCCGGCUGCAGCGGAACUCCUUCGUCAACCUCCCCUCCCUGGUCGAACUCAGCUUGAAAAACAAUUCUCUCGCCCUCGUCGACACGGAGGCGUGGGACGUGCCCACCUUGAAGGAACUCGACUUGAGCCACAACGCUCUCUCGGAAAUUGGCAGUGCUACGUUCAAAGGAUUGAGCAGCUUGGCCAGGUUGGACUUGAGUCAGAACCAAAUAAAAAUAUUAACCGGGGCUACAUUUUCACCCGUUUCCUCGCUGGAAUUUAUAUCGUUAUCUUCUAACCAACUCUCCUCCAUUCAUUCCGACUCAUUUUCUGGCCUCUCCAAGCUCCAGAAAUUGGACUUGUCGCGAAAUCACUUAGAGAUGCUGCUGUCAAACGUGUUCCGUUCCACCCUGGCCCUCGUGUCACUCAACUUGGCCAACAACCGGAUCAACUCCAUCCCUGCCGACCUUCUCCGUGACCUUGCCUCCUUACAGGAGCUCAACUUCAAGAGUAAUUCCCUCUCCUACCUCCCCGUCGGCCUCUUCCAGUCUCUCGCGUCACUCCGAGACCUCAAUUUGAAGCACAACACAUUGGCCGAACUGCACUCUCGACUCUUUUCCGGCCUCGAUAAAUUGGAACAGCUUCGCCUCAGCUCAAAUCAGAUCCGAUCUUUUGAUGAAACCACUUUCGACAAUUUAAUCGAGCUUCGUGGCCUUGACUUGAGUUCGAAUCGGAUUUCGAAGCUGCCCUCCAGGUCUUUGCGAAAUCUUCCACACUUGGAGAAAUUCGAGGCGAGGGAAAACAGGAUUUCAGUCGUGGACUCGGGCGUCCUCUCCAACACGGAGGGUUUGCACAUCCUCGACCUGGCGCACAACGCGUUGACAUCAAUUCCGAGCGAAAUGCUCAAGAGCAACUCUCUCCUGAAAGUGGUCGACUUGAGUCACAAUCAGAUUGGUCGAGUGGACGGGGAGACCUUCACAAAGUUGGGCUCUCUUAUGGAGCUUUACCUCAAUGACAACAAGAUUAGCAGUAUCCCAACGGGAACAUUCGCCAACUUGAGCUCUCUGACCAUUGUCGAUUUGGACGGGAAUGACGUGGAGGAAAUUCUUCCCGAAACUUUUGCCAAUCUUCCCCGACUAAUUUAUCUACGGUUGAGUCGUAAUCGAGUCAAACGUGUGGGUCGGGGUGGGUUCUCAAACCUCGUUUCGCUGGAUGGUCUGGAUCUAUUCAUGAACGAACUAGAGGAAAUUUCACCAGGAGGAUUUUCCAAGACUGGGGCUCUCAAGUAUUUGAACUUAUCGCACAAUAAUUUGGACUCUCUGCGGCGGAUGGGAAUCGAGUCUUUGGGGUCACUCGAAGUGCUAGAUCUUUCUUACAACAAACUUAGCUCUGUGGACACGGACGCCUUGAGACAUCUCAUUUGGCUCGUGGAACUUCGGAUGAAUGACAAUGGAAUCUGUUCUAUCCCCCUGGGUACUUUUGAUGGAAUGAGUCGCCUCAAAAUGCUCGUCUUAAGAAAUAACAGGCUUCGACAUCUGCUUGAAUCAGUGUUUUAUAAAUUGAGAAAUAAUAUUGCUUUCAUAGACGUCGCAGGGAAUCCACUACACUGUGAUUGCGAAAUGACGUGGCUAAGAAAUCUCGUGGUCCGAGAAGAGCUCCAAGAACUGACUGAUUCGAGCUGUGAUGCGCCCCAGGAGUUAAAAGGUGUGACCAUGAAAGUGGCUCGACCUGCACAAAUGGUCUGCACCCCCGGCUCCAAGUCCUCCAACUUUAUCCAGUCGAGCAAUGGGGGGGAUGGCGCUGAUGGGGACCACUGUCCACCUCUCUCACAAUCCAAAAGGAAGCCCCGACCCUCCUCCGUCACCCCCGAAGACAGACCAGCUUUAUUUGGAAAUCACGGUCAGGAAGAUUUUUACACCACUACCGGAAACGGAGACCAAAGUCUGGGAAAUUUGAGACACAAUAAUAGACGGAAAGAUGAAAAAUUGAUUGAAUCGAAUGAUUUCGUCUCUGGCGACACGCCCACGAUUUAUGCGGGGAGUAGCAGUAUCGCAACCUCCACGAAGGGUGGUCAAUAUAACGGCGAGCAGCCAAAAUCUGGUCAGAGUGGUGGCGUCCUCUCCUCAAUCUUUGGAAUCCCGAUCGAUUUUGGGUUCAACUUUGGAAUUUCGCCAGCAUUCUCCUGGACCGACAAGGACAAGAAGCCGGCUCGACCUGGAAAGUCCGCAACUGGAGGAUCGUCCUCCUCGCCCCCCACGCAGGACCCACUCCCACCAACUUGGCUUCAUCGAACACCUCUCUCUGGCGGAAAUGUGUACGAGGCGCCAGAGUAUCUGCCCAGAAAGCCAGCCCAGCCCUACAUCCCCCUCAGCGACUCCUCCUUGUCAUCGCCCCCCGUGGUGGAGCCCAGCGGAAGUGUGGACGUUCACAAAACGGUUCUUCCGCACAACCGGAAAAAGUCGCCUUCCAUCAAGUUCCCAUCCGAGUCACCAUCUGCUGGAGUCAAAUCCACGUCAUGGCGUCCAGACUACACUCCUCCAAACCCAGAGACAGGGUUCAUCCCCAUCGAGCCAUUCUUCCACGGACACGCCAACAACAACAACCAGGUCACAGCGUCCUAUCCCAGUAAAAAUAAGAGCAAAUCUACAGUGCCGUCUCAACCCCAUAAACAGCAAGGCGAACAUAGCCCGAGCACGGAGAGUUUUAACAACAAUGACUCCCCACCACGUGGCCAGAUGACGGGAUAUCGCGACGAGGACAAUCCAUCGUCAUCAUCCCCGUCGGAUGAGUCGUCGGAUGAUGAUGAAGAGACGAGAUACACACCCAUCAAAGUUCUCCAAACCACAGAGUCUCACCCCAUCAGUUCCUCCACGAGUAGCAGCACCAACAACGAAGAGAAGCCCAACAGGGAAGUUUCUCUCUCAGACUUUUGGAACAUUUUCAGCAGCAGCGGUGGGACCCGGGGAGCCUCCACAACGACCACAACGAAUAAAAGUACGACGUCCUCAUCAACGACAACGGAACGAGGUCAAAAUGCCAACGACGAAGGGGACGGUCGGGGUGGAACCGAGCAGGAAGUCAGCUACGAGGAAGAAUCUUCGGAACAAACUUCGUCCAACGAGCGGAACACGGGAAACCCAUUCAACUUUUCCGCCCCUGUGGACGCCCCUCUGACACCCACCGAGCCGGACGAGCAGGAGGAGGAGGAGUACAACAUCCCUUUCGGAGAACCAGCCCGACCAACACAAUCCUCACCUACCCAUCAUCGAGUGACUGGGAGGCCCACCAUCACAAAAAUUGUAGAGAGCGACCCUCCCUCCUUCCACACCCACCAGCACCAACAGAACAACAAGAAGCAACCUAUUCGAGGGGGUGACGACGAAGUAGAACAAGUCGCUUACAACGAGGUUGACCUCACACCAGACAUGACCAAUGAUGACGAAGGCAAUGAUCGUCGACGUCAUCCGCAGCAGGAGAGACCUCCAGAACCCCUGAUCCCACCCGUCAUCAUCGGCGACACGUCUGCCGAGCCGCGUGACUGGUACUACACCAAUUAUCACAAGACGGAACCAAGUAAGGACGCGGAUCAGGUGCUCGAACGCCUUUUGGAGAGGAGCAAUAAAUUAAGACAGGACACGACGACGGUCGAAAACAGUGCAGCGUCGUCGUCACGCUUCUUACUUCUUCGUAAUAAUCUCACUAGCUUACUUUCACUUUCAGUACUUGUCCUGCAGCGUCGAAUAAUUUCUGGUUAAUAAGAACUAUAAUUUUAUUAGUAUUUACGGUUUCUCAUGAAUUUUUUUUAUACUAACUAGUUUCACAGUGAAUAAAUAUACGACGAUAAUGUUACGAAUUAAUGGAUAUUUUAUUGGAAACGGUU